GUGGGGCAUAUGAAGAGGCCCAUUUCUGGCCCAAUCCACCUCUCUCUCUCUCUCUCUCUCUCUCUCUCUCACAAACCCUCUUGCUUGCUCUGAUUGAUCAUUUCUUUGACAAGAAAGGUUACUGUUUUUCACUGAAUCCAUGUCGGAGGAUAAGGGUCGCCCGUUGCCUAAAUUUGGCGAAUGGGAUGUCAAUGAUCCUGCUUCAGCUGAAGGUUUUACUGUGAUUUUCAACAAAGCUAGGGAUGAGAAGAAGACAGGUGGCAAGCCUGAUUCACCGGGAAAGGUUGAUUCACAUACUAGGCCUGGUGUAAAUCCUGGCAAACCGCCUGCUAAAAAAUGGCUUUGCUGCAUGCGAAGUCCGACAGAAUCUUGAUGAGAUCCUCCCCGUUUGAGAGCUGUCAAAGGAGUAAGUUGCAUUUUCAAAAAGCCCCAGCAUAUAUAUAUACGUCUGGAGAAGGUAGAAGUUUAGGGCUGUCAUUGCUGGAAUUUGUUUUCUUUGAUGUCGUACAGAGGUGUGUAUGGGGAUAGGACCAAAGAACAACACCAUUUCAUUAUGGUAUCUGUAUACUGAAUUUAUAUUCCCAGUAGCCAAGCUCUUGUUACUGGGCUUGCUGUAUGUUGUGUCGUCUCAGCUGUUGAGCUUUUUUGUUUGUGACAAGUUAUUUCCAAGUGUAUGGAUGGAUGGGCUUGUUUUGUGAAUUACAAUGCCAAUGCUUUUCUUUUCA